AUGGCAGACCGACGCGGGAAAAGAAGGAGGUCCAGAUUAUCGGAUGACGAUCAAGCCCCUCCGCCCAGACAAAACAAACGACGACGCGAAGGAUAUGCAAUUCCACCUCAACCCAAGUCUCCGCCCUAUCCUAGAGAUGUAUCACCUGAUCCAAAACCAAAGAGGAAGCAGGACUUUCGGAGGAGGGGGAUAGUUGCUGGUUUAUUGGAUCGUAUUCCUAAUAGGAAGCGGACUGACAGAUCAGCUACUUGGCCACUGUUAGAAGAUAGUUGGGGCUUGUUACCAUUACCCGAGAAUAUUGCGAAUCCACAAAGGAGGACGAUGGUUGCUUGGGAGCCCUAUGACCCGUACAGUGACCGAGUCAGGAAGUUGAAGCCCAAACUGUAUGUAGGUUUGCCUCCUCCACCGUCAGAGGAGUCGGUGGAGCCAGAGGGGUCAGAGGAGGAGCACGGUGGAUCGCCGUUGGCGGGGGGGUUAGGGAGAGGAUUUAAUAGACUACGAAGACUCAGAGUUGUGGGAAACGGAAGAGCUCGAAGAAGGAGACAUCUUAGGGACGGGAGUAGGGUUUGAAGGCGAACUUUUAGCGGAAAUUUCCCCAGUCCCGCUGAAAAUGGGGACAAGGGAUAGUGAAAUGGUCAUUCAGUUGAUGAAACAUGGGAUAAUGGAGAAAAAGUACGAAAUGACCAUACGAGACAUGAGAAAAUGGCUUGAUAGUGAGAGAGAGUGGACCGUGGGGGUUGGAUCAAGACAAAACAUGUGGAGGGGCUCAAGAAUGCUUGGAAGAGGUGGGUUUGGCCUUGUGGGACUUUGGGAAAGGGAUCCGUUAGAAGAGGGAGAAGAAGACGCGAAUGAGUCUGUGGGUUUACCGAAAGGGCUCACGAAAGUUGCCGUAAAACAGCAGAUGAGAAGAUACGACGAUCUCCGGGAAGAGGGCGACCUACAGAAGAAGCUAGUUGAGACAGGAACAAAACAUAUUGUUAGAAUUUUCCCGAAGAAUGAUGAAUCGACGGUGGAGGUUAUAGGGGAGGGCAAAAUUAAAUUUGCGGAUCCGAUGGGGAGAAAGAUCGGGAGGGCAUUUUUGGAAUUCUGUGAGGGGGGAGAGUUGUUGGAUUUAGUUGGCAAGAUCUCAGAGUACUGUUUUUCCUCUCUGCUGCUGCCCAUGACUGGAGCUGACCAUUCGUAGGGCAACAUCCAGCAAUCGACCACUCGAGGAGAAAUAUUGUUGGUAUGUUGUAUCACGCAUCUGAUCUUUCUAGGUUAACUCUGGUUCAGGCGACUUCUUGAAUGUUUGGCAGGCUCAACAGCCAUGAUGGAGCAUGGGAACGAAAAUCUGAAAGGAACAUCGUGGUCUACAGCGGAUCCCACCGAAUCUUUAGUUCAUUUUGAUAUCAAACCUAUCAAUCAAACCUAUCAACAGUAAGUGUUGCUUGAUGGGAAGAGUCUAGCUGUGAUGAAACAAUUUUGAUCAAUUUUGGAUGUAGUCUUGGUGGCUGAAAAAGACGAGAAGCAUCAAAAAACUCUUAUACUCAAGGUCAGUGGAUAAUGAGUCAUAUUCCUAGCCCGAUAUGAGAGUUUGGAAGCAAGAGGUUGAAAUGGGACUAACGCGUUUGAUGUCUUCAUCUAGUUGGCAGAUUUUGGACUUUCAGAGCCUCCAUCGGGCCAAACUUUUACGACCAAAAGUAAAGGAACGCCAGGAUGGUUAGGGCCCGUAGGUCUUACGCUCAUCAAAAGUGAAAAGGGAGCUUUUUGACUAACCCGAUGACUUGUGUUACAGGAGCAAUGCGGUCAAAUGACACCAGGUGAAAGCCGAGAAUAUGGCCCAUCGAUGAAUAUUUGUCAGUGGAACCCCUUCUGGCCCCAAAUCUUGCAUUUAUUUCAGGGCAAUGAGAAAUAUUAUACUAAUGCUGUAGAAUAGGUGUAUGGGAAAGGCCAUGCAUUUUAUCAUGAACAAGGAAAAGAUGUUGCCUAAUGUGGACGGCACCGUUGCGGGAAAAUGGUUAUUUUUUCAACCAGACAUAACAUCGCCAGAGAUGUUCAGAACAACUGGUCACGGCAUUCUCGGGAUGCCAUAUAGCGUCAGAUUGCUUUCCACGGUUCUAAGAAUGCUAGCAAUAGAACCCCAAUACCGAAUUGAGUCCCGGGAGCUCUUGUCAAUUUGCAGGGAAUCUAUCCGCUUGUGCAACCAAGCGGUGGCUGCAACUACAACGAUGGAAGGAAAACCGCUUUAUGAUGCUCAAGCAAACCUUUUCACGAUAAAUCGCGAUCAGCCACGACAUACGACUAUGGAAGAGAUCGAAAAGGUUGAAAAGUGUGCAAAGAACAAGCUAAAAAUGGUUGAGAAUGAGCCUCCACGUACAGUACGUACUACUGCUACCAAUUCGAACGAUGAGGAGUCCGCUAGAAUACGGGGUCUAGCAGCGAUGAACCUAGGCUCUGGUUCAAAAGAAAAGGUACCACGGAGUGGUGAAUUAAUAGACGUUCUUUUUGAGGCACCCGAGCCGGACCCAAUGUCCUCUGUUAUUUACAAUGAUGUAGCCAAAGCCGAGUCAUCAAUUGAUUAUUCCGAAAUACCUGAUUUUAGGGACGUAUAG